UUUUUGCUGAAAAAAAUGUUAUUGGACCAGUGAAAGGUUCCUAAUAAUGCCAGAGUGCCCAAAGUUAGAGCAAUUCUGAGUUAGCAGUUAUCACACUGUCCAAUAUGCCUCUCUCUGAGUUUUUGAAAAUGGCUAGAGGGAUCUGGCCAGCAGAAAAUCUCAUCUCUCUUCUUUAUGAGUUACUGUUUCCAUUUUUGCAUUUUUGUUUAUGUCCUUUUGUGAUUGGAACCAGUUGAAUAAUAUUUAGCUAGUUGGUUGUUUGCUUAUUUUGAGAUUCUUUCUUGGUAUUUAUGCAGUCCUGAGAAUGACUUGGUUGAGCUUGUGUGGGAAAAUGGUCAGAUUAUGUUGCAAGGUCAGAAGGGCGAGUCUUGGAGCAACGGUAAAGUUGUCUCCGUGUGGACUAUAGGUCACGGGUUCGAACCGUGGAGUUGAUGCUUGCAUCAAGAUAGGCUGCCUAUAUCACAUCCCCUUGGGAGGUGCGGCCCUUCCCCGGACCCUGCAUGAGCACGAGAUACUUCGUGCACCACGCUGCUCUUUAUGAUGCAGGCUAGCCAAGUAAUGCUAAGAAAUACCCUAUUCAAAGAUUGGGAAGUUUGGUGUGAUGGACUCUAUGUUGAAUGAUAUGCCAUUAUACUGGUGAAUUGGAUUUGAUUCAAGAGGAUGAAGGGUUGAAGACUAUUUAAGUUCCAACAAGGAAAAUGACCUCCAUUAUCCAACUAAUGUGGUACCUUCCCAACUCGAGUCAAGAGCAUCUGGGGCUAGCUUUCACGAUAGAUCAUGUCGUGUUGAAGAGUCUGAUAAUAUAUUCAGAGAUUGUUCGAGUAAUAGUGACAACACCCCUGGUCAGUUUACAGGUGCAAGGGCAGCAACAGAUACAGCUGAUAGUGAGAGAAACGCUGAACAUGGGGUUGUUUGCUCAUCUAUAUGCUCUGGUAGCAGUGCAGAGAGAGGAUCAAGUGAUCAGCCUAAUCUAAAGAGCAAAAUCCGAGAUACUGAGGAUUCGGAGUGUCCAAGUGAAGAUGCUGAAAGAAUCUGUUGGUAUCAAAAAACCUUGCCCUACUCGAGGAGGUACAGGUUCAAAGAGAAGCCGAGCUGCAGGAUGCAUAAUUUGUCUGAGCGGAGCCGAAGGAAUAGGAUUAACGAAAAGAUGUGCGCAUUACAGGAACUAAUACCCAACUGCAACAGGCGGAUAAAGCUUUAAUGCUUGAUGAAGCUAUUGAAUAUUUGAAGACACUUCAACUGCAAGUACAGAUACUAUCUAUGGAAGCAGGGUUUGUGUCCCGCCAAUGAUGUUUCAGUCACCUCCAAUUCCUGUCUCCACUGCUUAUCCAGGAAUAGCUGUAUCUAAUCGCCAUGCCUUUGUACAUCCUGGUCGAGGACGACCGUCAUUUGCUCCUUUGAUAGGGUAAUCAUCAACUGGUGCAAGGACAGGAGUUCCAGUGGACAGACCGAGUGCACCACCAAUUUUGGAUUCCAAAAAUCCACUACACAAGAAGAACUCACAGAUAUGCUGAAUCUAGCCUCCCAAAAAAUCAGACAUGCAGUCAGGUGAACCCACCCGUCUAUGGGGACACUCAUACACGACUCACAUAUUUUAAGGCUGGAAAAAUAGCUUGUUAUAAUACUCAAUGUCCAGGUUUGAUACCUAUAAACACUGCAAUACCUUUAGAUGGGGAACUUCCAGGUUCUUCCUAUGGUGACCUGUUUAUAAUGUACCAAUGUAUAUUGCUCGGAUAAGCUGGCCCUGAUGUAUAAAUGGAUGUAAACCUCAUGUCGAGGAAACACGUGUUCAAAUCCCUUAUUUUCACGAUAUGAGUGGUUUAUAUUGAGUAUUGACAUUGAAAAGACCACUUGAGAUGAUGGAUUUACUCAAUCCGUAUAACAUGUUGUAAUCUUCUAAAUUAGGUACUAAAUUCAUUUACAUAAGGGAAAUAUGUGCAGAAAAUUUUCGUUUGAAUUUGAUUCAAGCAGAAUUAGAAUAAUCAUUAGAGAGUUUCCCUUUAUGAUGAAAACUAGAGAUCUGCAAUUUAAACCUUUUUCCUUUUUAGAUGUAAUCCAAUCACUUAUACGUCAAACCUCUCUUAUGCAUUAAGUCAAACUACACAUUUGAUCCAGCCUAUCCCUUUUUUAUUAGUAUAAAUAAAUGCCUUUAGUUUGAUGUUUUUACUUCAAAGUUCAAUCUGUAUUUUGUGUUCAGAGUUGCAACAAAUCAGGCAAUUCUUGUGUCACAACUCUCUUAUAUUUUGUAGUAACUUGCUGAUAACUGAUGAUUGCUUUGAGCCGAGGGUGUAUCGAAAACAGCCUCUCUACUGCACAAGAAAAUGUCACUGCAUCAGAGAGCCAUCGUACAGAUUUUGCUUGCGAUUUCUCUCCUUUUGAACCAUUAUGAAGUUGAAGCAGAACAGAGGUUGUCUAAAGCAAAGGACUUAGAGUUAGAGAAGCAACUAAAGCUUCUUAAUAAGCCGGCAAUCAAGACUAUUAAGGGCAAAUAUGGAGAACUAUAUGAUUGUGUAGACUUUUACAAACAACCUGCAUUCGACCAUCCUCUGUUGAAGAAUCAUAAUUUUCAUCCCCAGAUGAAACCUAUGUUAUCUAUGUUGCAAGGAGAUGACAUUUCUUCAAACAAUAAUAGACCUUUUAACAUAGAGUUAGAAGGCGGAGGUUGUCCUGUUGGAACAGUUCCUAUUAGAAGAAUUACAAAGGACGACCUAAUAAGGCAGAGACUUACAAAGCAAAUGAGAGGGGGAGAUGAUUCUCCUGAUGGUAACGGUAUUGUUUCAGACGGAACCAAACCUUUGGGAGGAGGCUACAAGUUUGCAUCUGUACAAAUCCCAUACAGUCCAAGAAACAAAAUAGCAGGAGCAGGAGCAAUUAUUAGUUUGCAUAAUCCUCAAAAUCUUAGCGGGCAUCAACAUAGCGGAGGUCGUAUAAAAGUUCAGAAUGGGAUUGACAGCAUACAAGUUGGGUGGACUGUUAAUCCACCCGUCUAUGGGGACACUCAUACACGACUAUACACAUAUUUUACGGCUGGAAAAUUAGCUUGUUAUAAUACUCGAUGUCCAGGUUUUAUACAAAUAAACACUGCAAUACCUUUAGAUGGGCAACUUCCAGGUUCUUCCUAUGGUGGACCUGUUUUUGAUGUACCGAUGUAUGUUGCUUGGGACAUGUCAAAUGGAAAUUGGUGGUUUUAUUUUGGAAUAACAGCAGUUGGAUUUUGGCCUGCAAAAAUAUUUACUAACUUAAAAGGAUUUGCAACAAGUGCUGAACAUGGAGGAGUUGUGUAUAGUCCUCCAGGAAUUCCAGAACCUCCAAUGGGCAGUGGCUAUUUUCCUGUUGGAGACCUUAAAAAAGAUGCAUAUUGUAAGAAAUGUACUUUCUUAACAGAUAAAAAUAAAACUAAGUCUUUAGAUAAUAUUUUAGUGAAAUUAUAUGCAAAUAGUCCAAAUUUAUAUAGGGUUACUGAUUAUCCAAACUCUGGGGUUGUAACUGGGAAUUUAGUGUCAUAUGGAGGACCAUGUGAACAUUAAUAGCUUAUGUUUUAAUUUUUAAGUACUUGAUAUUGUUUAAACU